GUCGUUUUCGUUGAUUUCCGAAAAAACAGUGUUGUAAGUGGAGUGAACUUGAUAAUUUUUUUAGAUGGUGAUAACAAGUUAUCAGUAAAGUUGUUUUGAAAUUUUUUCAGUCGUGCUUCUGCUGUUGUUCGUCUCAAAAAUUCAGAAUUUGAGUCCGACUCGCCCGUCCAGAUCCUACAAUGCCGAAAAAAUUCGUAGGCGAAAAUUCAAAGGCAGUGGUAGCCAGAGCUCGUAAAGAAGCAGUUCGAAAAGAAGAACAGCAGAAAAAAAAGCAACAGGAAGAAGACGAGUAUUGGCGAGACGAUGAUAAACAGAUAGUGAAAAAACAGCAACGUAAAGAUGAGAAAGAGAAAAAGAAGCAAGAACUAAUGGAAAAGAAACAAGCAGUUAAAGCUCUUCUAGAGAGUGAAAUGAGUUCUAUAAAAUCAGCUAAACCAGAACCGAAGCUUACUCGAUUGCAAAUAACGGCAAAGUUAACUACUGAGAAGAAAGAAGCUCCUUCGGAUCCAAAAGUUGUUGUAGAUGAACCAAUCAUAGAGAAUUUAAACAGACUGCAAAUCGAUGGCGAAGAAGCACGUACUGUGGACGAAGCUCUACGAGUUUUAGGUGCUGCUGAAAAAGAAAUAGAUAAACAUCCGGAGAAAAGGAUGAAAGCAGCGUUCACAGCAUUCGAAGCUGAAAAUAUGGAAAGACUGAAAAAAGAAUACCCUACUUUGCGUUUAUCUCAACUCAAACAAAUGUUACGAAAAGAAUGGAUGAAAUCGCCAGCUAAUCCUUUGAAUAAUUUGUAAAAGUUCUGCCAGCAGUGUCGAGUUGUUUAGGAUUUUAUUCCUCAUUCAUUUCGAAUUAUCGUCGAGUGUUCCAGUGAACGUGUAUUUUAUACCUUUGAGUAGAGAAGGUGCUGUAUCUUGUACGGAUAUAAUUUCGUUCCUAAGAAGAAGAAUUGCUCAAGUUUGCGCAAAAAAUAUAAUCAAAAGAUCAGGAAAAUGGUGCGAGUAGUCGAUUGCACCGAAAAUUUCAUACAAAAUGCGUUAUUUAUCAAAUUACUCGUAGGAACCUUUUUUUAUCAUGUUUGUUGCUUCUAAUUUACUUUUUGUAUCUUCGAAAUAAAACAUAGUUUCGAAAUAUCA